AUGAUCGCGGCCUCGUGCCUGGGCGUCCUGCGGGGCGCCCCGCUCCGCGCCUGCCUGAGUGCGGCGCCCCUCGCCGCAGCCGCGUGGCGCGCCGCGGCCGCAGCUGCCGCCGCGCCCCCGCGCCGCGGCCUCUCCUCCGCCAACGGCAACGGCGAGAAGCACAGCGCUAUCUACAUCACCGACUCGGAGGGCGGCACGGUGCACGACCACACGCCCCUGAUCCUCGGCCUGCUAAACUACUUUGAACGCCACCUCCCCUUUGUCGGCUACUUUGCCCCCUUUGGCGGCGGCGGCGGCCACGCGGCAGCUGGGCAGGUGGCGAGCGGCAAUGAUGUCAUGAUGGACCGCCACCUGAAGCUCAUCUGCAGCGUGUUCAAGAUGAAAUGCGAGCCCAGGUGGGGG